UAUUGUCGUUAUUUAAAUUUAGAACAGUUUUAUCGGACAUUUAGCGAAUUUACUUGUUUUUUUUAAUUAUUAAAAAAUGGUGAAUAAAGUGUACGAAGUAACGCCAAGCAAAGAAGAGAAGAAAGGAAGCAAACAUAAUCAAAUAUUAAUGUCUAUUGUUGUGUGUAUGCCGAUCUUAGCGUAUGGAACAGCUAUGGGUUGGAUAUCACCAAACAAGGCUCUACUUAUGGGUGAAUCCUCACCUUCGGAUGCUCCGCUUUCCGAAGAAGAUGUAUCCUGGAUGGCUUCCAUCAUGUUUAUCUUCGCACCAAUAGCUGUCUUCAUUUAUGGAGUAGCUGCCGACAAGUUUGGAAGAAAAAACGCAUUGUUAUGCGCCUCUCUACCAAUUUCUCUGGGUUGGGCUAUCAAAUUGAUCUGCACUCACCCGAUAGCAUUAAUCGGUGCACGUGCACUGAUAGGCUUCGGAUCUGGCGGCGGUUUUGUCGUCUGUCCGCUCUACGUCAAAGAGAUAAGUGAAGAUAGCAUCAGAGGAAUGACUGGAACGUUUGUUAUAUUCUCUCAGACAGUUGGCAACCUUGUGGUAUUCGUACUGGGCGAUCUUCUACCAUUCAACACGGUUCUUUGGAUACUUCUAGCAAUACCCUUGGUUCAUUUCUGUAUCCUACUGAGGCUGCCGGAGACGCCGUCGUACUUAGUCAAGUGUGGAAGAAACGAGGAUACAGCGAAGGUGCUGGGUUGGUUGCGAUCGCUUCCUCACACUGACAAGACGAUUAGCGAGGAAGUAGACCGACUAAUCAUCGAGCAGACCACCAGUGAACUUAAGUUCUCACCGAGACUUUUGUUUUCCGACAAAACAGCUGUUAAGGCAUUCUGGGUCGCACUAAUUGUGAACUUAACGCGUGAAUUCUGCGGUUGUAUAGCCGUUUUGGUUUAUGCUAGUCAUAUAUUUGCUGAAGCCGGGAAAGAUCCUGACACCAGUAUUGCGCUGUCACCCAACAAACAGUCAAUCUUACUUGCUGCGGUGCAAAUUAUUGGCUCAUUCUUGGCUUGUCAACUCGUCGAUCGCGCUGGGAGGAAGCCUCUUCUAGCAGUAACCAGCGUGGUUGCUGGCUUCAGUAUGUGCUUGCUGGGCGUAUGGUUCUACCUGCAGAGCGUCGGCGUUUUGAUGCCAGGCUGGGUGCCUAUUGUCGCACUCUGCGCGUGUAUUUUCGCUGAUGCGUCAGGGUUACAACCAUUGCCGUUUGUGAUUAUGACUGAGAUGUUUAACUUCCAGCUCCGAGGAACCGUGGCGACCCUCAUCAUGGCGAUAUCUCUUGGUACAGACUUCGCGUUACUAAAACUGUUCGCACCUCUAAACACGUGGAUUGGAUAUCAUUCAACAUUUUGGAUAUUCAGUUUCAUCUGUCUAUCCAAUGUCUUUUAUUUAAUCUUCUGCGUACCAGAAACUAAAAUGAGAAGUCUAGAAGAUAUUUACGUUGAUCUAGAAGGAAAGAAGAGAAAAAAAGGGGAGAAAGUUGUAGAAACGAAUCACGUAUGAUUUUGAAGAUUUGUAAUUGGUUAUUUUAUUUGAAACAUUUUCAAUGUCAUUUGCUCAUGAUUAUUUCGUUUUAAGGUAAUUUUAAUGAGUUUACUUUAAGGAAUUUUUUCCGUAACAAAAAUGUAAAACAUCUAGAAAUCUGUUUUAAAAUCAUUUAUUAAAUAAGAAGACCAAAAUAUAUACAAGACAGAUUUCUCUUUGAUAUUUUCUUAGCAUGUUUUUACCAGUUAUGAAGUUUUAUUGUCAACAACAUAGUCUAGGAGUUACGUCGAAUUUUCCAUAUCGAUAAUUAUUUUGUCUUUUUAUAAUGUAAAAAAAUAGAUCUGUGCCAUUCACAUAACCUUUAAAAACCUAGGAUAUUUUUAAUGGAUACAAAAUCAAAUUAAUUGCCAUAAAAAUUGUAUUUAAUUUAGUCAAGUCUUAUAAUAAAACCGAAUAAGCUAUCUCUUUCUACUAGUUUAGUGUAAAAAUGAAAGAUGAUGUAUUUCGGCAAUAUAUUUCUGAUUUUUUAUAUGGCAACAUUUUGA